UUUUUUUUUGUUCACAAUGUCAACAUUCACUCGAAUGAGCUUGGUCAUUCCACGCCAAGCUCGACUCUAUUCUACCACAUACAGAGCACUCAAUUCUACUCCAACGACGACUGUAGGAGCAGCGCAACGUCCCCGUUUCUCUGUCCCUUUCUUGUACAACUCCCAUGGUCGCAUCUCGUCUCAUAGGACGACUGCGUCUUUUGCCUCCCUAAAGGUCCUUCAGACCAAAGGCUUCUCUACCUCGGCCUGUUGUGCUGAUCCAUCGUUGACAACACCAGUUCCGAACCCCGUAGCCCCUGAAGAGACUUGUCAGAACAACCAGUCAGAAGAAGAGGUUAAGCAUGCAGUAGUUUCGACUUUUGAUCUUUUCUCCAUUGGCAUUGGUCCGAGUUCAAGUCACACCGUUGGCCCAAUGCGUGCUGCAAAGAUCUUUGUAACAGAUCUCAAAGACCACAAAGUACUUGAUAAGGUUGCCACUCUUCGAAUCGACCUUUUUGGCUCUCUUGCCCUCACAGGCAUCGGUCAUGGUACUCCUGACUCUAUUCUCAUGGGCAUGGAGGGUGAAUCUCCCGAGUCGGUCGAGACGUCAACGAUCCAAGCACGUCUGAAAGCGAUUGAUGAGCAAAAAGCCCUGACAUUGGACUCGACCAACCGGAUCAAAUUCGAUCCAGCCAAGGACCUAGUCUUCCACUACUUUGAAUCUUUACCCCAACAUCCAAACGGCAUGCGAUUCUGUGCGUUUGAUGACCAAGGAGAUCUCUUGGCAACCAACGAAUAUUUCUCUAUCGGAGGUGGAUUCGUAGUCAACGAACGAACUCAGUUGGCUCAUGGUGAGAACGUCUUCUACAAGAAUGAACAGGACAAGGAGACCAAGGCCAACAAGGUCAUCCCACAAACCCGUCGAAGCCAGGAUCUGGCCACUGCAGCCCUACCCUUCACAAACGCUCAAGAAUUGUUGGAACUCUGUCAUCGAGAGAAUAUGACGAUAGCACAGGUUGUGUUGGAGAACGAACUCCGAUGGCGAUCAAUGGAAGAUAUCAAGGAAAAGACUUUUGCCAUCUGGAACACUAUGGACAAUGCAAUCAAGAAUGGUUGUCUCUCAAGUGAAGAGAUGUUGCCAGGACGUCUUCGUGUCCGCCGUCGUGCCCCUGGCCUAUACAAAAAGCUCUUGAAGGGACUCUAUACGACCACUCCGCUCUACAAGGAUACCACUGUAGGAUCUGGAUCCAAUGCUUUAUUGGGAGGGGGCCAUGGAUUGACUAACCAAGCACCUGAGCGUAGUAUCGACAGAGUCUUGCCUAAACGUGCAGUCAAACGCCUUAUGCUCCCUGCAUUGGAUUAUCUCAGUGUGUAUGCCAUCGCUGUGAACGAAGAGAACGCAGCAGGUGGACGUGUCGUCACUGCACCCACUAACGGUGCUGCCGGCGUCAUCCCUGCAGUCCUCAAAUACUACCUCGAGUUCAUCUCCGACAAUCCUGAACAGGACAUCAUGGAAUUUAUCCUGACUACUGCAGCCAUCGGAAUGUUGUACAAGCGAGGUGCAUCCAUCUCGGCUGCCGAGAUGGGAUGUCAGGGAGAGGUCGGUGUCGCUUGUUCCAUGGCUUCUGCAGGCUUCGCAGCCGUCAUGGGCGGUACAGUUCAACAGGUCGAGAAUGCUGCCGAAAUUGGUAUGGAGCAUAACCUGGGUCUGACAUGCGACCCAAUCGAUGGACUGGUCCAGAUCCCUUGCAUUGAACGGAACGCACUAGGUGCAGUCAAGGCUGUCACGGCUGCUCAACUGGCUCUGAACGGAGAUGGGCAUCACCGUGUGACCUUGGAUCAGGUCAUCGAGACCAUGCGUCAGACUGGAAAUGAUAUGCAGGCUAAAUACAAGGAAACCUCUCAAGGAGGACUCAGUGAAGAUUGCAAGUGUCAAGUCUAUGUAGAAUAA